AUGGCUACAAAUCGUGCAGAUACACUAGAUCCUGCCCUAUUACGUCCUGGUAGAUUAGAUCGUAAGAUAGAGUUUCCUUUACCAGAUAGAAGACAAAGAAGACUUAUACUACAAACUAUUACAGCAAAAAUGAAUUUAUCACCAGAAGUUGAUCUAGAGGACUCAAAAAUGAAUUUAUCGCCAGAAGUUGAUCUAGAGGACUGUAAGUGCAGCAGCAGCAAGUGCAGCAGCAGCAAGUGCAGCAGCAGCAAAUGCAGCAGCAGCAACAGCAGCAGUAGUAGUAGUAGGAGUAGUAGUACCAGGUAG